AUGGUUCGUGUUAAACGUCGAUAUUUUGUUUUUCAAUUUCAUUUUAAUUUUAAUCCAACAAUUAUAAUUAAAUCAUCACAUAUUCAUACAACAUUUGAAACAAUGAUUUCUCGAUUAUAUGGUGAUGUUGGUAUUGCUCAUUUUACACGAAAUCUUUCAAUUAUUUAUUAUAAUUCCUCAACACAUGUUGCUAUUAUUAGAUGUCUUCGUGAUAAUAAACAUAUGUUACAAACAGCAGCCACAUUUAUUUCAAAAUUAAUCAUUGAUCAAAUUGAAUGUUCAAUACAAACACUUCAUGUUGGUGGAAGUAUUAGACAAUGUAAAAAAUAUUUAGUUAAUUAUUGUAUUGAACAAUUACUUGCAAUGAAUUCACAAUUAAUCAAUCAAAAUAAAACAACAUCUCAGAUAUUUAAAAAGAAAAAAAAGAAAACAAAUAAUCAACAACAUUUUAUGGAUAUUGAUGAGGAUAAACAAUUAGCAUUGAAAAAACUUUUAGCAGAUAGUCGAAUUGAAUCGACUUCGACUAUUGUAUCGAAAAAUGAUUAUGAUGAAUUGGGAAAAAGGAAAAGAGAUGAAGAAUAA